AUGCCUGGCGACAACGACGACGCUCAAGCCCUGUCUGCGCAGCAACCGGCGCAAGGUCAAAAGUUCUUACGCUACAGAUCAGUCCGUCAGUCCGCCGCUGUCAAAGAAGACCCUGCUGCGUCUCAAGACCCUCCACCUCCCUUGCCGCAGACGUCGCAGACGUCGUUGACGCGCCUCCCUUCGAGAUACCACCGGCGACCCCCACCGGCGCCUCAAAGUGCGCCGUCACCGACCGCCGAACCGCCUUUGCCUGCCAGCUUGAACAACACCGCGACGGUCUCAAGGCCCCGAGGCCAGACGGUCAACGGCGCAACCACUGAGCAGGAUGGCGCGUGGGGCAGACAGACACAAAAUGGCACGACGCGCCGGAUGGUCAUUCAACACAGCGACUCGCGACCGCCUACGGCGAGGCCGACGACCAGCAAGAGCACUCCGCGCAAGCAGACUUUGACUUCUAGCGUCACACCGCCCUCGCCGGAUGAGCUUCGGAGAUCGCUCGAGGCCGCCAGGGAGGAAGCGCGUCUGCUUUUGGAGGGGGAACAAGACCGAGUCAGGGCACUCAGGCAACAGGAGGCCCGGCGGCGGCAUGAAGAGCGGGAAAAGCGCAGGAGGCAGGAAGAGAAGUUGGCGCAAGAGGCUCGCCAGCGAGAAGCCGAGGAAGCUGCGCGACAAGAAGCCAGAAAGCGACCGGGGCGGCCUCAGCGCCCUGAGCAAGGAGUUGACGAACAACGUGAAGCUGCAGCGCUAGCGACAUCGGAUGCUGUUCUUGACUCGAACAAAUCCAGGACACGUACGAUGGUCAUUGGCGGACAGCCCCCCUCCAACACAGAGGGCAAACGUGCACAUCACCAGCGUGCGUCAUCAACGAUUGAACAACUGCAACAGAAGCCCAAGCAAAGCCACACUAGAACCAGGAGCGCCGGCAAGAACGACGAAAAGCCCGACAACGAAGCGCCGGUCCUGAAACCAAACUUCGACGCCCCAGUAUCCGCCGUAAAUGCUGGGGAACGAAGGGUAAGCGUCAAAUGUAAGGAAGCGUUCGUUACUCUCCCUGUCACACCCUCUACUACAUCCAAGGACAUCCUGAGUUCGGCCUCGGUCUGCAUGUCCGAGCGAAUUGACCCUAGCACGGCUGUCCUGCUGGAGUCCUUCGCACAGCUUGGACUAGAGCGACCGCUUCGAAGAUAUGAACGAAUACGUGACGUUAUGAACUCCUGGGACAAUGACACUCAAAAUCAUCUAUUCAUCAUGGCCGAAGGUGAAUGUGCUGCUCCGGGGUUGCAAGUCGCAGAUGCUCCCAACCAACAACCCUAUGAGACCGUAGUAAACAUCUACCAUUCGCAAAAGCCCGGAAAGUGGGACAAACGCUGGUUGAGACUGAGAGAGGACGGCCAAAUCACCACGUCCAAGAAUGAGAAUGGCAUUGAUUCCACCAAUAUCUGCCACUUGUCAGACUUUGACCUGUACACUCCCACCGCAAGACAAAUCAAAAAGCUCAAGCCUCCCAAGAAGCUGUGCUUCGCCCUGAAAAGCCAGGAGAAGUCGGCCAUGUUCCUGGAUGGGGCAAAUUUCGUGCACUUUUUCUGUACAAAAGACAAGACGGUCGCCGACAGAUGGUAUCACGCCGUCCACUCAUGGAGGAGUUGGUAUCUAGUCAACAUGCUGGGUGAAGGUCAACAGAAACCAACGGACUCAGCGGAAAGGUUCAAGCUAGGAAGCAGACCAGGGACAAGGGGUUCCAAAGAGUCAUUGCCUUAUGUGCUUGGUUCGUUCAAACCGCUGCUGGAUUUCGGCUCCGCUUUCGAGGGAAACCGAAAACCCGAGCCAGAUGUCGCGCACCGACCGUCACAGUCUGAUGACCGGAGGCCAUUGAUCGAUUUCGUGCCUGAGAGACCGAGCAUUGACGAGAAACCCAGCAGCCCUAAAUUCCCUUCGAGGCCGCAGGGGGUUCCACCCACGUCGUUUCCGCGAAAGUUCAUGAUCGAGUCAGCGACGAGUGCCAACGUCGAUGAUACAGACGGCCCAUUCACUGGAACGGGUCUCCUCGCCCGUAGUGCCAGCCGCCGAUCGCAGGGCGGUCAGCGAUCAAGUCGUGGCGCGCCGGGCAAGCCUUUGGUUGAUCUCACUCUAACGAGCGAGUUCACUGACGGUAGUUUGCUCCGGAAGAUGGAAGCAAUGGCGCCUCAUCAAGGCGCGAUGGAACCCAAGAUCGACCGACAGAAGAGGAGGGAGGUUGACAUCGUUGUCGGCGAAGGAUUCUAG